UUAAGUUUAUUGCAGAUAAUUGAUGGUAGACAAUUGAAUCACAAUCUUUAUCGUAGAUUAUUAAUCCUUGGUUAAGUGUAAUUGGAAUCGUAACGAACGGAACAGGGUUUUUUUUUAUUUCAUGGAAAAAAGAAAGUAAAGAUAAGAGAAGUUUGACAUAAAAAGACUGUCGCCAAUCUAAAACGAUAAGAAGAGUAUGUGCAUUUAGUAUGGAGAACAUUUGAUUGUGCAUGUGUUGUACGAUUAUUUUAUACAGGUCCUAAUGGAUGUGCAUGACAGAAGCCAAAGGAUUCAGGGAGAAGGAGGCAGCAAAGUUCAAGCUACAGCUACUCGUACUGUGUUAGCCUCGAGUGGAGAUGGAAAGACGGGUGCCAAAGCUGUUAAUGUAAAACUUGCAGACAAGUACAAACUCUCAAUAUUCAAGAGACCAUUACCACUUAUUGUCAAACACGUAGCUGGUAAAGGAAACGCACUGUCUUACAAUCAUGAUACCCUUGAGGAACUUAGCCAAAUUGAGGAGCCAUUAUGUGUCAUAGCUGUAGCUGGAUGUCUGAGGACUGGAAAAUCGUACCUAUUAAGUCGCCUUGUACAGAAGUGUGGUGUUUCAGAAGAAUAUUUCACUGUUGGGCACUCUGCCAACGCACAGACCCAAGGAAUAUGGAUCAUGUGCAGACCGCAUCCUACUCAAGAAGGGAAGGUCAUUGUUUUUCUCGAUACGGAAGGAAUCGAUGAUCCAGAGAAGGUUCAAAUUCAAGAAGACACUUGGAUAUUCCUUAUUGCAACGUUGCUGUGCAAUGUACUUGUCUACAAUACGAAAGGCGUCUUUGAUGCUUCAGACAUCAAGAAAUUUCGGUUUCUUAAAGUGGUUCGUUCUAAUGUGACGGUUGCAAAAGGUGAAAGUGAAGACGACAGUUUCCUUGACUUCUUUUUUCCGAAUUUGGUUCUUGUUUUACGAGAUUUUGCACUCCAAUCCGAUAUAUCGAAAGAGGUAUUUCUUGAACAGCGAUUAAUGUACAAGAAUGGGAAAUUGGAUGGUGCAAAUAAAUUUAACGAACCAAGGCGACUUAUUCGACGGUAUUUCAAAAAAAGGACAUGCUUUGGCAUCCCGAUCCCAUGCACGAGGCCCGACCAAUUGGAAUCUAUGCCGGAUUCAAAGAUUGAGUCCGAAUUUCUGCAGCAGAUAAACGACUUGCACCAAUACCUUUGCGAAUGUAGCCCAAAGAAACUCAUAUCUGGAAAGCCUGUAAAUGGAAGAAUGCUGAGAACGAUGAUAAUAAGCUACAUGAAUUCCGUGAAGGAAAACACGGCACCGUGUUUACAAGAUGCUAUGAAACUGAUGGCUGACGAGGAAAAUCAGUUUGCAGUACGGAAAGCGUCUGAAUGGUACCAAGAAGAAAUGAAAAAGAGGAUAAACAAACAUAUGCCAAAUGAGAGCGGGCUUGAGAGAUAUCACAAUGACUGCAUGAAAGUGGCUGUAAAGAAAUUACGAGAAUUAGUUGUGGUAGAUGACGGCGAUAUAUUUAACAGAAAAGCGGCAGAAUGUUUCGAAAAACAUUUGGAACUAUUCAAGUCAAUGGUAGAGAAAUACUCCCUUGAAAGAAGUAGAAGGUCGAUAGAAAUACUGGACAUGGAAAUUCAACGGAAAAUCAAAGAGAAAAAGUAUGCAAAUCCGCAUGGUUACAACGAAUACUUUGAAGACAUCAACAAUCUUGUUGACGAAUUCACAAAGCGGGAAGAUUACCAUGGAUCAAAGGCAAGAGCUGUCUUGCAGGAAUACAUGGAUUCAAAGGUCGACGAAGAGCAACUUGUUUACGAAAUGGUUAAGGGCGAGACUGAUGAUGAAGUUCAACGUCAGUCACAUCAACUUCCACGUACAUUGGAGCAGUUUCCAAAUAUAAAUCCAAAGGAAGAGUCAGUCAAAAAGAAGGCGCUAGAGUCCAUUGAAAAGUUUGAGAAUCACGGGUUUAUGAGAAUUGGGUCGCAAUACAUUGAGAAUCUGGAAUUGAAGUUACAAGAAAUAGAAAAGGCUAAGGCCGAAUUAUCAGAAGACAACACAUACUAUAAGCAACUUGUAGAUGAGUACAACGUCUGGUUGGACAUUUACAAAAAAGCCAACUUCUCAGUAGAUCAGGCUAAUCCAAGGCCGAUCCAAAUGCCGAAGCCUGUCUUAACGGACACCCCUGUUGUCGAAAAACCAUCAGAAAAUCCAGACGGUAAGAAACCGAAACCGAAGAAACAGCCAUCCGGAAAACCAAAGUGCCCAAUAAUUUAAAAAAGAACAAAUAAGGAAAUACAUUAUGGUGAUGUUACUAUAUGUUGUUACAAUAUCGUUUGCGCACAACGAUCUAGAAAUAGUCACAUUGGACUUUCAGUACAAGAAAGUACAUAACAGAAAUUUCGAGUUGUAUUGUGUAAUGUUGGGGCACAAUAAACUGCGACUACGUAUACCCUUUUGUGUGUGUUUAUUAUGUAGCUGUAUUUCUUAUAUUUAUUUAUAAUUAUUGUUCCAAUGUUAUCGGACAUUUCGUGUUAACUUUGUGCUCUUUGGCAACUGUGUGUUAUUUAUUCAGGUUUAUUCAUGAUCAAGUAUAAGGAUGUAGCAAAACGGUUCGGUCAGCUCAUUGUAUUUUGGGGUUAGUUUCAUUUCCUGUACAUUGGUUUUCUUUUUCUUUUUGUAAUAUAACUCUUGUAUUUAGACAUACUGUAUUAUAGGU